CGAACAUGGCUGGGCCAAAUGCAGAUGCGAGGCUUCGGGAGCGAGGCGUUUGACGCGGAGCUCGCCGAUGCUCGAGCUGGUGGCCACCUCAACGAGCCGCGCCCAUACAUCUUGGACGCGCUGCGGAAUGUUCCCAUGAAAAAGCCGGGCCAGCAGCCGACGAUUUUGAUGAUCAAGUGCCAUUUAGCCAAAACCGUUGGCGAAAUCAGCCUCCAACGACUCGUCCACUACAUGGGCAGCUUCCCGGAGCGUUUCGUGCUCACGGGCGUCGGCGCCAUGGCUACAGUGCGGGAGGUGGGCGGCGCCGACAAUGCGGACGCCGUGGCCGCUGCCACCGCGGCCAGGGACGCCGAGCGAGGAGCGGCACGUGAAGCCAAGGGCGCGAGCUCACGCAUCCACGUCUGGACGGGCGGCGUUGGCCCGGGCAUGGGCAUGUGGACGUGGGGGAACAAAAAGAUUGACGACAGGGAGGGCGAGCGCCGCGACCGCAACCCCGCAAAACUGCCGUGGCGGCCGGCGGUGCCGGCGUCCACGCGCGAGGAGCGCGACGACAAUCGGCGCAUCCUACAUCUUCUCGAGAAGCGCGAGGACUGCCGCAAGCGCAACGACUGGAUCGGUGCCGACCGGCUGCUCGAUGAGCUGCGCAGCGUGUACAAGGUACACCUCGAUGACCGCGAGCGCACCUGGGCCUUCCCUCGUGACCCGCGGAAGAGGCGUGAACACGGCGCCCCGCCGCCGCCGUCGUCGGGCGAGCCGCAGGGCCACCGCCGCGACCGCAGCCGCAGCCGCAGCCGCAGCUCGAGGCGCGAUGACAGGAGGACUCGCGAUGAGCGGCGGGCCGGCGGCGGCGACGACCGGUGCGCCAGCGAUCCCAGGUGGGACAGCGAACGCUGGCGCGUCAGCGGUCGUGACCGGCCGGGCGGCGACGACCGGCUCGACAGCGAUGCCAGGCGGGGCAGCGAUCAUGACCGGCGGGGCAGCGAACCUUACCGGCGCGGCAGCAAUCAUGACUGGCGCGAUGACGGGUGGGGCAGCGACGAUCGGCGGGCCGGCGGCGGCGACGCUUGGCCUUCGCGAGUCUUGCACCCCGACAGCUUCCGCGAGUCUUGCACCCCGACGAUCGGCGGGACGGCGGCGCUCGAGCGCGUCUCGACCGAGCAGCUCGAGGCGGAGCUGCGGCGGCGCGGCGGGCGGGCUUCUUAGUUGGGCGCACGAAGGGAAGGCGGGGCGGACACAUGGCAGCGGAGCUUCCAGGGGCGCGCGUGUCGUACUCUCGCAACUCCCAACCACCGUCCUGUGCCGCACGGCGGCCAGUGCACCAGCCACCACCUCUCGCGCAGUCCUAGAUUCCUCCUGCUCUGAUCUCUCCCCGUCAGUGCUUGCCAUUUACUGGUAAAUGAGUGGUAUUUACCACUUAUUUGAUUCUCCUAGGGAGUGGUAUGGUAUGAGCAGAGAGUGGUAUGGUAAAAUACCGAGCACAAU